GGCUCGGUCCUUUCACACUGCCAACCUGGGGACCCUUUGACACAAGGCUUGCUACUUCAAGAGUAUAUACCAGGCGAUAACGAAACACAAGCUCAAGUUUGGUUCUCACCCGCCAGCAUCGCUUGUUUAGAUCAAUCAUGUCCCACAGGCGUCCAGCAUCGUCGAUAUCAGAGUUUGAAGCACCAUACCAACCUGUUUCCCAAUUGCCAGAUAACCAUGAUCAGCUCACUGUCGACGAUACCAGCGUCGGAGACGAUGUUAAUACGCUAGUCUCAUCGUCUGCGAUGGAUCCGAGAAUACGCUGGGUCUAUUUCAUGCUUGGCGCUGCUGGUUUAUUGCCAUGGAAUGCAAUGAUGAACGCCACGCCUUUCUUUAUUACCAGGCUGGCUGGAUCUCCCCUACAGCAAAGCUUUACUUCAUAUCUGUCUAUGACGUUUACCGCUACUCAAUUAAUGUCCCUGGCACGUGCAACUGCUACUGUCAAACAGUCUUCUCCUUCGUGGAGAGCCUCUCGCGCGAUGAGUAUCCUCGCAGUCUUGGUUUCUCUCCUCGUGCUCAGCACUUUCAUACACAUACCUCCCGGAUGGUUUUUCACUUUUGUCAUCCUCAAUGGCAUUUGUCAAGCAGGAUCAGUGGUCUACCUGUCCUCCGCUUUCUACGCAGGAGCCUCUCUUUUUGGUCCAGCAUGUUUACAAGCGGUCAUGACAGGUCAAGCUGCGGUCGCAGUGGUGGUGAGUAGUGUUCAGGUCAUGAGUUCCAUUGCAUCCGUUUGGGGAGAGGGGCCAGAAAAUGUUAAUAUGGCCGAGUAUGGCGCAGCGGAGGAAAGAUCUGCAUCAAUAUUCCUGUCCAUAUCUGCACUAUUUCUCGUCGCAACUAUCAUGGCCCAUUCAUGGAUGACGACUCUUCCGGCAUACAAGGCCAAAGUUGGUGUUCUAGAGCAGCACAAACGGUCCCCUAUCACCUCUGAUAGUGAUUCAGACGAACUUCAAGGACUUGUAGUAUCUCCUGGGCCGAUUAUGGCAUCAACCGACAGCAACGCUCAGGUGUUACGUGUAUUCAAGGCCAAUUUCAUUUAUCAAUUUACAGUUUUCUAUGUCUUUGUCGUUACACUGGCUGUAUUUCCACCUAUAACAAUCUCCAUUGGAGCCACCAAUCCGAAAAUACACCCGUUGCUGUUCACUGCCUUCCAUUUCCUUAUCUUCAAUAUUGGAGAUUUCGCGGGACGAUACAUAUGCUCUUUCCCUCGCCUGAUAAUCUGGUCUGCUCGGCGGCAAGUAACCUUGGCAGCACUGCGGACAUUGUUUAUUCCACUUUUCCUUAUGUGCAACGUCCAGGGACAGUCUUCAACGAAUGUCAUUACACCGAUUAUCACGUCAGACAUUCUGUACAUGCUCAUUCUAUGCAUGUUUGGCGUGACGAAUGGAUAUGUCUCCAGUAUCUCCAUGAUAGCUGCUCCGUCGUUGGAACACAAUCCAAGAUUAAAGGGACGAGAGGACGUCGAUGUUGCCGCUACAGUGGCUAAUUUCUGUCUCACAGCUGGCCUGGCGGUUGGAAGCGUGGCGAGCUUUGCAGUAAGGGCUGCAAUCUGCGACUGUAACCCCUUUACGAAAUGAGGGUGUAACAAUGCAUUUGUAUAGCAUCUGGGUAAUAGGUCGACGGUAGUAUAUUCAACGGGUUUUCCUGUAACAUAACAUAGUAUCGAUAGCACUGCGAAUAGAGCAUAUUAGAUAGAGAAUUGGCGAGGUCAUGAUUAUUUCCAUGAUCGGUGUGAAAGUCAGGAUCACUAUCAUGAUAUUCCUCGAGGAAUGCCUGGCAGUCGGGGAGCUAGGUCUUUUGCUUGAGCAGCCUGUCUGCGUUUCCUAUGCUCAGACACGCGUAGUGCAUAUAUAUCGCGGUGGAGGAUGUAUCGUUCGUGCGUUGGCUUGGGAGAUGCUGAACUGCCAGGUGUCCACGAACCAGGUGGUUGCUUGUCUGGUUCAGAGUCCUUACUCUCAGUUUCUUCAGAAUUCUUAUUUGUUUCGUCUUUCUUUUCGUCUUUCUUGUCCUUAUCCUUAUCCUUCUCAACCUUUUCCUUUUCCUUUGCAGCCUUCUCCUUCUCCUUUUCCUUCUUCCUCUUCUGUCUCUCCUCCCAUUCUUCCUUGACUUUUGCUAUCUCCUCCGGACUUAAUCCUGUCUUCUUAGUCUCAUUCUCGUCAACGACACGGUCGGCAAAUCCACGGUCUACAAGAUGAUUCGUGCAAGUGUACAGAAAGUCUGUGGUGUCGACGGUGGCAAGAACGGUCGUAGUUGGCUUGUAGCAUAUGUAGCAGGCUUUACCAGUUGCUGUAGUCUGAGAAUGGGUUCCAGUACGCAAUACACGGUUAAAAUGAGGAAAUCAGAAAAGACACACUCGUUUGUAGUAGAGAUUUGGAAAAGACAUGGUGUAUUUUUUUUGCAAGUCAAUAAAUUUGGCUUUAUCUAUCUCGUCUUCAAGUUCUUCCACGCCCCCACUAGUGCUUAUAAGCGAAAAAGGCCGAGGGAUUGGGUUUUAUCAGAGGUUGAUCUUUCUCGCAGGCUUAUAGAGAAUCGAUGGUUCCAGUUGUGUUUUUAGACAAGUCACAUU